AUGAACGAGAACAACGUUCAUUGGGGAGGAUUGAUUCAACAAAGUCAUGGACUAAGUGGGGAUUUUAAUUCUGAGUUUGGCAAUCAUUACUGUCAGUAUUUUGAUAUCAGACAGGCUUGGAAUAUGGGACCACUUGCCAUGGUUGGAGGAGAAGCUAUAGAUCAGUUACCAAACAUAGGCCAUGUCAAAUCAUCUGGCACCAUUAUCAGCCGUUUUGAGUCACCAGCUUCUGCCUUUUAUGCUGCAGAAAACUGCAUGGGGUUUGCAGAAUAUGAUUGCCAAGUUGGUAUUCAAUCUCAGUUAUGUAAGAUUAAUGACUUGGAAUUCCCUUUGUAUCAAUCUCCCAGGGAAAACCUUUUCUUGGAUUCGGUAAACCAACCUGACUCCAACUUUGACUUGUCAAACACUUUGCAAUCCAUAGUGAAAUCUCAAUUGAAUAAUAAUCAAUGUCGUGGAACCCCUGAGAAGUCCAAUAAAAUUUCAUGUGGGAAUUUUCCCACCACCAACUUCCUUCCAAUUGAACAACAGAAGUUGUUCAUUGAUGGUGUUAUCAGGGGCUCAUCAUUUCCUAACAAAGGAAGUCAGGACCAUAUGGUUGCUCGUGGAUCCAUUAAUUUACCUGUUGCACAGCUGAGAUUUUCUUCUCAGAUUGAGAAGUUGUCUCCAACACUUUCAGCAGGAAGUGUGUCUACUAUUGGAAACUCUGCUUCUAAUGGGGCAGUAGUCUCAAGUAAAACACGUAUACGAUGGACUAAGGAUCUUCAUGAGAAGUUUGUUGAGUGUGUGAAUCGCCUUGGAGGCUCUGAGCAGGCAACACCAAAAGCUAUAUUAAAGAUGAUGGGCACAGAUGGUUUGACUAUCUUCCAUAUCAAAAGUCAUUUGCAGAAAUAUAGAAUUGCAAAAUUCAUUCCAGAUCCCUGUCAAGGGAAAUCUGACAAAAGAACCCACCACACAAAGAAUAUGCAUCAUCUUGAUGUCAAAACAGGAUUACAAAUUAGAGAGGCACUUAAGCUUCAAUUAGAUGCUCAAAGGUGUCUUCACGAACAACUAGAGAUUCAGAGAAAAUUACAGUUGAGAAUUGAGGAACAAGGAAGGCAACUAAAAAAAAUGUUUGACCAGCAGCAGAAGAAAAGUAAUAACCUGUCAAAUACACAGGAUUCAGCCACUGAUGAGACAACAAUUAGUCAUAAAGAUGGUGAGGUUUCUGUUCCUGGAGGGGUUCAAAAAUCCUUCUUCACUUCCAAGCCCUCUCCAAGCAAAUAA